AUGAAUCCGUUCAAUUUCGGCGACUCAGACGAGUCCGCCUCCGAUUUCGACGAAGACCCCUCUGGCCUCCCCUUCCCGCAACCACUCUCGCGCGCAUCAUUUCUCGCCGCAGACUUCAACCCAGCAACUUUCCUAUCAUCUCUCACAAACCGACACCAAAGCCUCGAGGAUCUGCGCCAGGAACUGCGCGGCCUAGAGCAGCAGCUGAACAAGGAGCUGCUGGACCUGGUCAACCAGAACUACCAGGAUUUCCUCUCACUAGGCGGAGCGCUGCGAGGCGGCGAGGAAAAGACCGAGGGGGUGAAAGUGGGCGUGUUGGCUUUUCAGCGUGAUGUGCAGAGUAUCCGGGACAAGGUCGAAGCGCGGCGGCGGGAGGUGGAGGCGCUGUUGAAUGAGAAGAGGAGGCUGCGGACCCAGGCGGACAUUGGGAGGGAUCUAUUGGAUUAUGCAGAUCGUGUGGAAGAGCUGGAGCACCGCUUGAUGAUUGGGGAUAAGGACAAGUCGUCUCCGGAGGGUGCGGCCGAGUUGGACUCGGAGUCCGAUGUGUAUGCCAGUGACAGCGGGGAUAGCGACGACGAGGAGUUGGCCGAUGGAACGGCUACCGUGUCUCUGAAGCGACUGGAGCGGCACAUCCAGAAAUUCGUCUAUCUCAAGUCGCUGGUGGAGCGCGUGGGCGCGGAGCAUCCGUUCGUGGUUGCGCAGCAGUCGCGCGUCUCCAAGGUCCAAUCGACGCUGCUGUUGGAUCUGAAAACGGCGCUGGAACAGGCCAGUCAUGCAGGCCAGAAACGCGAUGGCCGGACCAUGGUGGUUUUGCGUCUCUACGACCUCAUGGGCGAGGACGUUAGUGCAAUCGCUGCGCUGAAGAACCUCAAGGUAUAG